AUGCGUCUCAUUGUGACCCGUCUGACGAUCAGAUGGCAGGUCUAUGUUCUUAAAGACACAUGGCGCGACGAGCGACGAGCGCUCGAAGGUGAACUACUGGAGAUGAUAGGUGAUUGUGAAGGAGUCGCCCAGUUGCAUUCGUACUGCAGUGUCACCAUCGAUGGCCAGACAGAUACGACACACUCGCUCAUUCGUCGAGAUUUGGUCGUAGCAGACACACCAAGAUCAAUCGAGACGAACCAAGAACAGACGAAACCGUCUGCGGAGGCUCCGAACUAUCGACCUAAUUCCCCGGACGGAGAACGCAGUGGCACGACGAGAUAUCUUCCCGACCAGGAUUUCUUACCUCCAUUAGCGCUUGAGCAAGGACUGCCACCGUUGCGCAAGGUUCACUCAAGGCUAGUCGUCAGGACAUAUGGAUGGCCAAUCAAGUAUGCGCUCUCUCCGGCCGAAUUACUUUGCGUCGUUGCCGACGCGGUGAGAGGUCACAAGAAUUCUUAUUCACGAGAUAUUUUGCAUCGUGAUGUCAGCGAAGGGAAUAUCCUUGUCAUGCCUGUCAUGGUGAAUGGCAAGAGGGUGUUCAAAGGUGUACUCAUUGAUUAUGACAAUGCAAUCAAGUUCAGUACCCAUCAAACGCUUGCAGAUGAUCCUGCAUCGGGCACUCGUCCCUUCAUGUCUGGAGAAUUGCUUCAACAGUGGCCCUACUUUGUGAAGCCGGGCGAGAUGUCAGCUCCUCGACAUGAUGCAAUUCAUGACCUAGAAAGUUUCCUCUGGGUUCUUGUCUAUAUUUGUCUUUCUCGUGAUGGUCCAGCUCAUCGACGUCGAGAAAUCUGGGAUAAUAGUAAGGAGACCCAGCUUCUUCGCGAUAACUGGAGGGCACUCUUUGAAGGAGAAAACCUACUGUUGGCGGAGCGCAAGCAAACUCUCAUCAGGAAUAGGGAUGACUUUGCAUUUCGAGUGCUUCGCUUUCUCCCAGUCUACUACAAACCACUAGAAGAGGUGCUCCGGAAGCUGCGCGAUAUUCUCGAAACUGCAUACCGCUCGCGGGAGUUUAACAACGUGCACGAAGACUUCAUCGAAGCCAUGGAGGCCGCUCGGCUUGGCUUAGAGCCUAUCACGGAUCCCAAGCAUAUCGCGCUGCAGGAACGUGAAAUCGAACGCAGACGAACCGACGAUGGUCGCACAGGAGAAAUAUCUCCCACUUCAAAAGGAAUGAAUAUGGGCACUGCCGCAUCGGGAUCUACGGCGUCGCACGGUCUUCAAGAACCCGAAUCCCCCACCCCUAAACGUACAAAAUCGACUUCAGAUAUGCUGGAAUUACCAUCUGCACGUUGA